CGCUGUAUGCCUAUUGCUGCAUAGUGAAUACCUUGCAAACAUUAUUGCACCAUUGCUCUCUCUUUGUUACAUUCUGAAAAUUCCAAUCUCUCACUCAUUAGUUCGCUGUUGUUGAGAUCUGUAUCAUAUCAUGGCUGAAGCACUUGUGGUUGGAGCUCUAGUUAAUGGCUUGGCCAACGUUGUUCUUGACAGGCUCAUUUCAUCUGAGUUUCUCAACUUGGUGGUGGGCAAGAAGCUGGAUCGGAAGUUGGUUGAGAAGCUGAAGACUGCUAUCUUGGCGGCCAAAGAUCUGGCUGCUGACGCUGAGCAGAAGCAGUUUGGAAACGAACUCGUGAGGGAAUGGCUUGAUAGUCUCAAAGAUGCUCUCUACACUGCUGAUGACUUGCUGGACCGUGUCUUCAUCAAAGCUCAAAUUCGCAACAAGGUACGCAUUCGUCUUCCUCACUUCCUUGAUCUGUCUGGUAGGAAGAUGGUGACUAAGAUAGAAGAGGUGGUUGAAAGAAUAGAAGAUCUUGAGAGACGCAAAGAUACCCUUGGUCUGAGAGAGAUUCAAACAGGAAGCUCUUCAUGGAGACCUCCAUCCACUUCUCUUGUGAAGGGGAAUGUGUUCGGCAGGGAUGGUGACCAACAGGCACUAAUCAAGAUGCUCAAUGACAACAAUCAUCAUAACUUGUCCGUCAUCUCUAUUCUUGGUAUGGGCGGUGUUGGUAAAACUACUUUGGCGCAAUGGCUCUACAACAAUAAGGAUUUGAUGCACGGGGUUGAUCUGAAAGCAUGGAUUUGUGUUUCUGAAAAUUUUGAUGUUGUUGAGACUACAAAGAAUGUUAUAAAGGGGAUCUCUUCAGGUGUUUGUAGUCUUGACGGCUUUGAUUUACUUCAACAACAUUUGAAGGAAAAACUGUCACAAAAGAAGUUUUUCAUUGUUUUGGACGAUGUUUGGAGUGAAGAUGCUGACAAAUGGAAUAGUUUUAUCACCCCUUUUCAACAUGGGACAAAGGGAAGCACUAUUCUUCUAACUACCCGCAUGGUAAAUGUUGGUCGAAUAGUCCAACACUAUAACUCUUACACCCUCAAUCAACUGUCAGAUGAUGAUUGUUGGUCUAUUUUUGCGGACAAUGCAUCCUUUCCUAAAUCAAAUGGGAGCUCAGAACUGGAAGGAAUAGGUAGAAAGAUUGUCGAGAGGUGUGAUGGCUUGCCAUUAGCUGCAGAAACACUUGGACGCUUGUUGCGCUCAAAGCAUGAUGCUGGGGAAUGGAAUAAAAUACUAUCUAGUGAUAUUUGGCAAUUUCCUAUGACAGACAGUAAGAUCAUUCCUGCGUUGUUAAUAAGCUACUAUCAUCUGCCUGCUCAUUUAAAACGUUGCUUUGUUUAUUGUUCAUUGUAUCCCAAAGAUUAUAAACUUGAUAAAGAUGAAUUAAUCUUACUGUGGAUGGCUGAAGAUCUUUUACAACCACCAAGGAGGGGACAGACUCUAGAAGAAGUUGGUUGUGAGUGUUUUGAUGGCUUGGUUUCAAGACUAUUCUUCAAGCAGGUCGAGGACGAGUUCGAGAAGUAUUUUGUGAUGCAUGAUCUCAUGCAUGACUUGGCAACUUUUCUUGCUGGAGAUCUUUAUUGUAGAGUCUCUGGUGAAAAGGAAGAGAUGAGUAUUCUAACUCGUCAUUUGUCAUACGAUUAUUCAAUCCCUGAGAAAACAUGCUCCUCUAGCAAAAUAGAAUCUUUGAGGACAUUAUUGUAUAUCAAUCAUGGAGUAGCUUGGCCCCGGGAAGAUCGUGCAACAUUACCAUGUGACAUGUUGUCAAAGAAUAAAUACUUGAGAAUUUUGUCCUUUGAUAGAGUUGAUGUAUUUCCUGAUUCAAUAGAUAAAUUGAUCCACCUGCGCUAUUUGGAUCUUUCUGGGAGUGGUAUUAAGGUAUUGCCCGAGUCAUUAUGUAACUUGUGCAAUCUACAAACUUUAAAGUUAAAAGGUUGUUCACAGCUGACUAUGCUACCCAAUAGCAUGUAUAAGCUUGUGAAUUUGCAGCAUCUUGAUACAAGGGGUACUCGUCUGAAAGAAAUGCCAAAAGGAAUGGGCAAAUUAAAACAGUUGCACAUUUUAAGCAAGUUUGUGGUGGGAAAGCAAGAAGACAAUGGAAUCCAAGAGUUAGGAGGACUUCUAAAUCUUCAUGGAUCACUUGCAAUUCAGAAAUUGGAGAAUGUGGUUGAUGCGAAUCAGGCAAGGAGUGCAAGGAUAAUAGAUAAGAAGCACAUUGAGCAGUUAUUGUUGGAAUGGUCUGUGUCUUCAGGUGAUGAUAUGGUUUCAAACACACGUACUGAUGAACAUGAUAUACUCCACGGCUUACAACCACACACUGGCUUGAAAAAGUUGAGUGUUACUAGAUACAAAGGUAAAAUAUUUCCAGAUUGGAUGGGGCAUUCCUUGUACCAAAACAUGACAAGUGUAUCUCUCGAGUCUUGCAAGAAUUGCUGCAUGCUGCCUUCACUUGGACAACUGCCUUCUCUCAAGUCCCUGUGGAUCGAAAAUUUUGAUCAACUAAAGAGCAUUGGCAAGGAGUUUUACAAGAAUGAAGGCCAUCAACAUUCUUCGCCUAUUGCACCGUUUCCCUCACUGGAGACAUUGAAAUUUUAUGUUAUGACAUGUUGGGAGGAGUGGCAGUUACCUGACUCAGAAGCCUUUCCUCAGCUUAAGAGCCUUCAAAUAAGAGGGUGUCGAAUGUUAAAGGGAGAUAUGGUUAGUCAGGUAUUAAUGAGAAUCGUUUCUUCCUCAUCGGAUGUUUCCAAAGUGCGCCAACUGAAAAUACAAGAAUAUGAUGAAAUGUGGUAUGGAAAGAUGAGACUUGAUGGGGAUAGGUUAUCAAUUAGCGGAUUUGAAUGUGUGGUGGAGUAUGCAUUUAAGGCAAGGAUCAUCCACCAUCUAACUUCCCUCCAAGAAAUAAAAAUCUCAGAGUGUUCAUCUGUUGUAUCCUUGGGGGGCAAUUGUUUACCCAAAUCUUUGCAAAAGCUCACAAUCCUUCGUUGCCGCCACAUUAAAUUACUCCAGCAACAACAGAAAUAUGAUUUGGUAGAUCUACGGAUAGAUGACAGCUGUGAUUCACUGACCUCAUUGUCGUUGGAUGCCUUUCCCAAUCUCCAGAAUCUUCAGAUAAUAGGGUGUUCAAAUCUGGAAUCAGUUUCAAUGUUAGAGCCACCACACGCUGCUCUUCAACGUCUCUCCAUCAAUUUUUGCCACAAAUUUGUGUCAUUUCCGGAAGAAGGACUGGCUACGCCCAACUUGACUCAUCUCGACGUUAGCAGGUGCUGGAAGUUGGAGGCAUUGCCACGUGGCAUGAAUACUCUUCUCCCAAAUUUAGAGUCUCUCAACAUAGCAGGUUGCCCAAACAUUUGCAGGUGGCCAGAGGGUGGUUUGCCGGCUAACCUGAAAGAGCUUAGUGUAGGAGAUUGCGAGCAACAAGCGAGGGGUGUAUCAUGGUUGGGCAACUUGGACAACCUCACUCAUCUCACCAUUUCUGGUUUUGGGUGUCAGAGCAUAAAGUCAUACCCAGAGGAGAAAAGCUGCCUCCCUCUCUCUUACUACUUCAAAUUGACUACUGUCAUUUGCUGGCCAAACACUGCAACAACAAGCAUCAACAAAUUUGGUCCAAAAUUUCCCACAUCCCCACCAUUCAAGUCAAUGGCAUACAAAUUCUCUGAGUAGGGAUUUCUGAGCAGAUUUCCCAAGGUGAUGAAGGUAUGUAGCUAAUGCAGUCAAGACUCAAAGGAUAUGCUUUCCAUAUUUGAAGAUGACAAUCAUGUACCUGAAGUAGUCAAAGAAGUUGUAGUGAUGCCAUCAGCAACAAUUUCGUUCCUAUCAACUUCACUCAAUGAUGUGUGCAGUUUGUACAUAUAUCAAACCAUUUGUGGUUCUGUAAACUUUUCAUGUUUUUGGUUCACAUUUAUAUGCUUUGGCGCUUGAUUGUUUUGACUUAAUGUAAGCUUUUGAUUUGUGCACUUAUUUGAGAUUCUCUUGUAUCCUUACUUAAUUAUAGUGGUACUGUUUUUUU